CAAGACUUUAUACAAGCAAAUAAAAGUGAUCGCUUACUCCCGACGAUUUAUUGUCAAUCGUUUGUAGUUCGGUUUUGAAAUGAGAAAUUUUAUUAGUUCGAUAUCAAAAAAACAAUGUGUAUAAGGAAUAAAUAAGUUGAGUUUUACUUACUUUUGGUGUGCGGUUUAAAGAAAUAUUGUGUUUUAGAUGCACUUAAAUAACGAUUUGGCGAAUACACGUGAUAUGACCAAAUAACAGUCGCGGUUUUCACAAUCAAGUAUCUUCAAGUUGAUAUUAAUCAAUGAUUUAAAGAAUAUUUUGGAGAUCAGUGCAAUUUCGUUUGUAAUAGUUAAGCAUUCAAACCUUUUCGAAAGAACGGAGCGGAAUACGUACGUACUUAAACGUUCAAAACCACUUUUAAUAUACAGCAAUGGACAGGAAGCCAGCGACAGGAAUGAUGUUUAGUUACUUUCAAAAAAGUGCGUACCACGACAGCUGCAUCCCGGCUGAGCGGAAGGCGGUAGCGGCGGCCGCGGACACCGGAAAGACGUACCGGGAGGCCGAGUAUUCUAACUGUGACCAAGUGUCCCAGGAUACUAUCUGGAAGCAGGCCGUGGGUGCCGAGCGGAGGUGUCUUAAAAACUGGGACUCCAGCUGGGGAUUUCUCGCAGAAUUCGAUGCUCAGAUAAAAUCAGGAAAGCGAGGCAACCCUAAAGAAAAAGAACCACUUCCGGAAAAAUCCAAUCAGUUUUCCGAGAACGUUCCAAACACGAACUCGGGUAACUAUGGAAACCGCGUCAAUACAGAGCUGGGGGCCAGUAUGCAGCAAAUGGAGUACCAGUUUUACAGCGGCGGACGUCGGCGGAAGUUGGGGGCUGACAUGAUAUGUUACUAAGCCUUACAUUCCUUUUGCAUUUAUAUAUUUUUAUUGUUAGGUGUUAUUUUUUUCUAAACUCGGGUCGGUGUUUUAAAUGCCUACAAAUGAGAUAAAAUGUCUGAAUACCCAUGAGUCGAUCAUGGUUUGUUCAGCAUUUGUAACUAAGAUCUGCUAAUAUCUAACAAACGUUUUCAUAAUCACCCUUACUGAAUGCAUCGUAUAUCGUGUCACAUACAUUUUAUUUAUAUAAUACUAGUACUUAUAAUACAUGCCUGGCAGAAUAUAAGAGAUAUAUACACGCUGAUAGUUGAAAUAUAAAUGUUAAUUGAAGCCCAAAUUCUACAACUUUGAUUUAUAACAGUCGUACAUAUACAUAUUAAGUACACGUGUUGUUGUUUUUUAAUUAAAGCCUUAACAAGUGUGUACUUCUAAGUUGCUUUAUAGAUAAGCUUAUGCAAUUAUAAAAAAUGCCUUGAACAAAUGCAACGAAAUGUAUGUUUACUGUAAGCCGUAUCCAGCUUCAAUUGGAAUUCAGUUGUUUUCUAUUACAUUAUGCCAGUAUGUAACAGAAUGUUACGCUUUCUGGUGUUCUAAAAACGGAGUUAUAAAUUAUUGAGCCUAUUGUUCAGAACUGUGUCAAAGUUAACAACCUGAUUAACGAGAUCAGUGUUCACGUUUAAUAUAUUUAAAUGAAACUAGUUUAGCUGAAAUAGUUGUCUAUAAUCUUGUCAGAAAAAAAAACAGCAGAUCACAAGUGCAUCCAUUAACCUUCCAUAGCAGUAACGACUUGGAAGUUAACAACGAUGAAGUUAACAACGUUGUUAACUUUUUAACAAUUUUCUGAAUACUCGACAAAAUUUUGUACAACGCAUUCCGCUGGCCUUAAUUAUAAUAUAAAAGAAAUGGACUAUAUAUCGACUAGAUACAUAUUCGUCAAGCUUCAAAUACACCAGUGGGCAUUAAAGUGGGGACAUAAUACACCGGUGGACAUUUAAGUGUGGACGUACUGAUUUGAACCUGACGAAAACUUAUGAUAUUUUGCAUUAAUCUCAAUGGCUAUUUAUUUAAACCUUAAAGCGUAUUUCUGGAAAUGUGUGUGUUAUAUAUGUUAAGUGUCAAGUUAAAAUCAACGCCUAUUUCUUUAAACCCUAAAGCGUAUUUCCGGAAAUGUGUUUGUUAUAUGUGUUACGUGUCUAGUUAAUAUUUAUCAUUUAAAGAUAGUUGAUCUUUCCGUCCAUUUGCAUUUAUAGUUCUUGUUAGUUUACCUCACGUUGGAGAGUUUAGUCUAUUUGUAUUUGUUAUUGAAACCAGUCGUUUGAGAACAGCGAUUGUGUUUAGAAUUUUAAACAUUAUUUUGGUGUUGUUUUAUUCAUACUAACUUUACAAAUAAAAUAUACAACAUCUGUGAAA